AUGUCUCUCCCUGUCUCGUACAAGAUCGGCCAGGCGAAGAAGCUCCGGCAGCUCAUGAAGGAAAGGGACUGCGUAAUCUGUCCGGGAGUCUUCGACGGCAUCUCCGCCCAUAUCGCAAACGCUGCCGGCUUUGAUGCGCUCUACCUCGCCGGAAGUGGCACCUCCGGCUCCGCGAUCGGCGAGCCCGAUCUGUCAGUCAUCACCAGCAACGAGCUCGCAGACGUCGCACGCAUGAUGGUCGGCAUUGCGGACGCCCCCGUCAUCGCCGACGCCGACACCGGCUUUGGCGGCCCGCUGAAUGUCGCGCGCACCAUCGCGCUGCUGGAGGCCGCGGGUGUGGCGGGAUGCCACAUCGAGGAUCAGACGUUCCCGAAGCGGUGCGGGCAGCUGGUGGGGAAAGACGUGGUCGAUAUUGAGACGUACUUGGAACGAAUCGUCGCUGCGGUGACGGCGAGGCAAAACCCGGACUUUAUCAUCAUUGCGCGGACCGACGCGCGUAAUGCGACAACGUUUGGAGGAGAGAACGCUGGAGAAGAGGCCUUCGAGGAAGGCGUGAAAAGGCUGAAGGCGGCGCUGGCGGCUGGAGCGGACGUCGCUUUCAUGGAGAGCCCGCGGACGAAGGAGGAAGCAGAGAGAUUGGUGAAGGCGCUUGCGCCUCAUCCUGUCAUGAUCAACGUCUUGCCCAACGGACUGACCGGCAACUACACCGUGGAGGACUGCAAGCGUUUGGGAUUCAAGCUCGCCAUCUACCCUUGCACGGGAUUUAUUCCUGCUGCGAUUGCUAUGGAGAGGUCGUACCGUGCUCUGCGAGACAAGGGCACAGAUCUCGACCAAUGCGAGAAUUGGCAGAUCAAAGACUUUUUCGAGCGCGUUGGUCUCAAGGCCUCGUGGGACUUCGACAGGGCGGUCGCGGAGAAGACACGCAAAGAUGUCCAACCGAACAAGUAUGAGGAGCUGAAGCCGCAUGACCUGUUCUAG